CACGAUUUGAAAUAUCGUGGUCAUGCUCGAGUACAAUCACGGCCCUCUAGUUAGAAUGUAGACGGUCGUGGUAUAAUUCGUCCGCAAUCAGUGAUUUAUUGUGCCUGAUUGUAAGAAUUGCAGUUUUUGACCGCUAGAUGACACAGGAAAGGCAGUCCGCGCCGUUUAUUCUCUGGUCCGCGCCCUUCAUUGCAAAGUGGGCGUUUCUGCGUUGUUGUUGCCAGGUUGCUGCGCUUGUUCUCUGCUGCUAAGCUUGCGGCUUCGGCCUGGAUGGACAGGCCAGGCUGAGGUUCGACUAGAGCAAAGGGAAACGAAGUUCUUCUUCGAGUGCAGUUGAAAAGUCGGGAUUUCUUGCAUGACGAAUAAUUUGUUGAAAUACCUUGAUUUUAGGCCCGUAUUUAUCACUUUGUACGAAAUGUUUAAUGGCUUAUUUGUAAGCAUGUAUAGAUAAAGGAGGACGAAGAUUUUUCUUCCUCAAGACUCGUGUUGUCAAGUAAAUGUCAUCUUGUGUACAUUUUAUAGUGUUUGUUGUUAAACUCAAUAUUGAGUGAUCAGUUGAAACAUGGCACGAGUAAUGGUCCCUAGCCAAUUAAAAUUGGCAGAAAAGCUGUCACUCAUAAACGAUAGGGGAAUUGGUAUGUUGACGAGAAUUUACAACAUCAAAAAGGCAUGUGGAGAUGCAAAAUCAAAGCCGGGAUUUCUGUCUGAUAAAACCUUGGAAUCCUCGAUCAAAUAUAUUGUUAGAAGAUUUCCUAAUAUUGAUAUUAAAGGGUUGCAAGCUAUAACACAAAUCAGAAAUGAAAUCAUCAAAUCAUUAUCACUGUAUUAUUACACUUUCGUAGAUCUUUUAGACUUCAAGGAUAAUGUUUGUGAUUUAUUAACAACAAUGGAUGCUUGUCAAGUUCACUUGGAUAUGACAUUAAACUUUGAGUUGACGAAGGGUUACCUUGAUCUUGUCACUACAUACGUGACUCUCAUGGUCCUCCUUUCUAGAGUGGAGGAUCGAAAGGCUGUUUUGGGUCUUUUCAAUGCAGCCCACGAAGUGGUGCAUAGUCAGAGUGACACGAGUUUCCCAAGACUAGGUCAGAUGAUUAUAGACUAUGAUCCACCAAUUAAAAAAUUAGCUGAAGAAUUUGUUCCUCAUCAGAAACUUCUUGCAAGUGCACUCAUGUCUCUUUGGGGUAUAUACACCAGCAGGAAUCUUUCAGCAGAGAAAUGGAGAUCUGACCAAAAACUUAGUCUUGUGGGCAAUCCAGGCUACCUCCUGAAACCUUCACAGACUGAGAAUAUGUCUUGCGAGUACAUCUCGCUGGAUACUAUGGAAAGGUGGAUAACUUUUGGCUUCAUGCUGUGUCCACAAAUGCUGUCACAGGACAAGCCAAAUAAAUUGUGGAUGAGUGCAUUGGAAUCAAGCUGGGUUGUUGCAUUGUUUCGAGAUGAAGUAUUGUAUAUUCAUGCUUACAUAAUUAAUUAUUUUGAUGGCAUGAAAGGAUUUGGAAAACGCAUAUCUGAAGUGAAAGAAUGCUAUAAUCAAUCUGUGCAGAAGGCAGCUCAUCGUCAUCGUGAGAGACGCAAAUUUUUGAGAACGGCAUUGAAAGAGCUUGGACUCAUUCUCACUGAUCAGCCAGGACUCCUCGGCCCAAAGGCAUUAUUGAUCUUCAUGGGCCUGUGUUGUGCACGAGAUGAAGUGUUCUGGGUCCUUCGUCACAAUGAUAACCCACCACAACAGAAAAGCAAAGGGAAAACUGCUGAAGAUCUUGUUGAUCGUCAGUUACCAGAAUUACUGUUUCAUAUGGAAGAAUUAAGGGUAUUGGUUAGAAAAUACAGCCAAGUGAUGCAACGGUAUUAUGUUCAGUACCUCUCAGGAUUUGAUGCUAUUGCUCUGAACCAGAUAGUGCAAACAUUACAAGUCCUUGCAGAGGAUGAAAGCAUAAUUUUAUCUUCAUUGUGUAAUGUUAUUGCCAAUUUGUCUGUGAAGCAAGUGGAAGACAAUGAGGCAUUUGAUUUCAGGGCUCUUCGUCUUGAUUGGUUCAGGCUGCAAGCAUAUACUUCAAUUAAUAAAUCACAACUAGGCUUGCAAGCACAUCGAGACUUGGCAUCUUUGAUAGACACAAUUAUGUUUCAUACAAAGAUGGUAGAUUAUUUAGAUGAAAUCUUUUACAGUAAAAUUUUUGAAGAUCAAUUUCACAUGUGCCUGGAAUUUCCUGCCCAGAACCGCUAUAUUGUGGCCUUCCCACUCAUCUGUGGGCAUUUCCAGAGUUGUACUCAUGAAUUGUGUCCAGAAGAGAGGCAUCACAUUAGAGAGAGAAGCCUUUCUGUAGUCAACAUGUUCUUAGAUGAAAUGGCCAAAGAAGCAAAAAAUAUCAUUACUACUAUAUGUGAUGAGCAAUGUACAAUGAGUGAUAAGCUUCUUCCAAAACAUUGUGCAAUUUUGAUUUCCCAAGUGGUGAAUCGAAAGAAGAAAGAUAAAAAUAAAAAGAGUGCCCCAGAGAUUGCUAAGCCAGGUGUUGAAAGCUUGAGGAAGACUCGUGAAGAACUUACUACAAUGGAUAAACUCCACAUGGCCCUUACAGAAUUGUGCUUUGCUAUUAAUUAUUGUUCUACAAUCAAUGUAUGGGAUUACACAUUUGCUCCUCGAGAGUAUCUCACUCAGCAUUUGGAAACAAGGUUUGCGAGAGCUCUAGUUGGAAUGGUGAUGUACAAUCCAGACACAAAUGAAAUUGCAAAGCCUUCUGAACUUCUUGUUAGUGUGCGUGCUUAUAUGAAUGUUUUACAGACCGUGGAAAAUUAUGUGCAUAUAGAUAUAACAAGGGUAUUUAACAAUGCCUUAUUGCAGCAAACUCAGCCUUUGGAUAGCCAUGGAGAAAAGACUGUUGCUGCACUUUACACACAGUAUUCUGAAGUGUUGCUUCGACGAGUGAGUGCUGGAAACAUAUGCUUCUCUAAUAAUCAACGAGCCUUUGUUAGUCUCACUGCAGAAGGCGCAAUUCCUUUUAAUGCAGAAGAAUUCUCAGAUAUCAGUGAACUUAGAGCCCUUGCAGAGCUUAUAGGGCCAUAUGGUAUGAAACUUCUUAAUGAAACCUUAAUGUGGCACAUUGCUAGUCAAGUCCAAGAAUUAAAGAAAUUAGUUGCAAACAACAAAGAUGUUUUGGUUGCUCUGAGAACUAAUUUUGAUAAACCUGAGAUUAUGAAAGAACAGUUCAAGAAAUUGCAACAUGUGGACAAUGUUCUACAAAGAAUGACAAUUGUGGGUGUUAUUCUGAGCUUUAGACAGUUAGCUCAAGGAGCACUUGUGGAUGUGUUAGAAGAAAGAAUACCGUUUCUCCUGAGUUCAAUUUUGGAUUUCAGGCAUAAUAUACCCAGCGGAGAUCCAAUGGUGGUAAAUGAGAUGGCAUCUGCUGCUGGGUUAUGCUGUAAAGUUGAUCCCACACUUGUGUCAGCUCUACGCAAUCAAAAAAAUGGCAAGUAUACCACUAUUCUACUUUUAACACUCCAUGAUCUAAACAUGGCUUCCCCAACGUGUUUUCCUUGUACUGAUGAUGAUGAACAUUUGUUGGCUUGCUUAUUAAUGGUGUUUGUUGCUGUUUCGAUUCCCAAGUUAGCAAGAAAUGAGAACUCAUUUUACAGAGCAUCACUUGAAGGUCAUGCUAAUAACAUCCAUUGCAUGGCUGCUGCUGUCAAUAAUAUUUUUGGUGCCCUUUUCACUAUUUGCGGACAAGGUGAUAUAGAAGACCGAAUGAAGGAAUUUCUAGCACUUGCCUCAUCAAGUUUGUUGCGAUUAGGCCAAGAAGCAGACAAGGAGGCUAUAAGAAAUCGAGAAUCUGUGUAUCUACUCCUGGAUCAGAUUGUUCAAGAGUCUCCAUUCCUGACCAUGGAUUUGCUGGAGUCAUGUUUUCCAUAUGCUCUUAUACGCAAUGCCUAUCAUGCUGUGUAUAAGCAAGAACACAUGCAAGCAUGAAAAUUGGCUUUCAAAAAAUUGUACAAGUUUCAUACACAUUUCUUCACACAGGGAACGCUUUUGUUGUCCCCACAUCUAAUGCUCAGAGUGGGGUCAAACCUGAGGAAGAUCCACUCUUUUCCCAACAAAUAUGUGUUGUUUGUUUUUUUGUUUUUUUUACAAAGUGUAUUAUGAAUAUGUACAUUGUGAUAUAUCCGCAUUCACUUUUUAUAUUCAUUCAAUGGAAUAGUGGACAGUGAAUUUUCAUGGCUUUACAGCCCCGUGAAACAGUAUUUUUAUAGCUGUUACUCAUAUUUGAUUUUGUGCAUAUGAGACUCUUUUAUGAAUGUAAGAUUAUAUUAUAUGUACAAAAAAUUCUUAUGGCAAGCUGUUUGCAAGUUGUGUUGUUUUCAUGGAGGUUAUUAAAUGUGUACGCAAUGCACCUAUUUAAAACUAGACAAGUAAGAAGAAGAGAUUAUUUUAUCGAGUAUAGAUUUCUUAAAAAAAUCAUAAGUUUAUGGCAUACAUUGAGGAAUAUUUGCAACAAUUAUUUAAGAAUUUUAUUUAAAUGAUUGGUACUUUGUGAUAACCAAAAUAUUUUUUCCUUAUCUGGCUAUUUGUCUUGAUUGUGGACUUCAACCUAUUAACCUAUCUUUUCUCUUUCUUCUGUAUCUGUAUUCAUUGAUAGUCUUGCCAAUUUUUAUUUAUAUUCGUCUUUAAUAUGUCAAAAAUGUACUUUUAAGAAGGGUUCAACAAUUGCGAAGAUUAUAAAAUAUUUGUUAUUAACAAACUCCAGUGCAUCUUUUACAGUUUAGUUUGCACUGCCACCUGGAAUUUCCAUUUACCAAUGUGCUUUUGCCAUUUCUUUGUUUGGUAAGCAUCUCGCAGUUCAACAAUUAAGUUAAAUAAACAAGUGUGUGUGUGUGUGCGUGCGGAGGGGGAAGAGAACUCAUAAAAAUUCAUUACCUAACCUAUUAACCAUAAUUUCAUUUAUAUAUAAACAUCGUGGUAAAAUGAUUAUCUGUUAUAUUUUCAUUAAAAGUGUCCAUUUUAUUGUGUUCAAAUGUGUUGCAUAUAUAUGUGUACGAAAAUAAUAUUAGCAAGAAAUCGAAAUGUAGAGGAUCACAUAGCAUUUACUUUUAUUGCUUUUUGGCUUCACUACAAAUACAGUGAAGUUAUUUGUUAAUUUAUCAGUCAUUCCUUUUCUAUCAUUUUGUCAAAUAUUGUAAAAAAGUAGUGAUGAAGUAUAUUGAAUUUUGAAGAAUACAUUUAUUUCUUUUCUUAAUGCCCAGAAAUUUCAAAGGAAAGUAAACUGGGUUACUAUAUAAACAAGACAAGACCAAUUGCUAUUCUGCAAUACGUAUUUUUAAAUUUUAUCACCCAGUUUGCUUUACCAAAAGAAUGAAGUUUUUUGAUGCUAAGAGCAACUGUAAUUUAGAACAAACAUUAAGAAUUUUAAUUGCCUG